UCUGUCAGGCAAGGCACUAGAUGGAAAGUCACAGUAAAAAGGAUUAAAUGUGGAAAACCCAAAAGUAUUCCAGACAUUUCAGCUCCUUCUUGUUCUGCUGCUGUAAAAUAGAUUGGAGAAAGUCCAUUCUUGUUCUCUCCUGCUAGAGAUGCUCAGAAGUCAAUGCAGAAUGCAGGCGGAUAGGGAGGGAUCCCCCGGGGAGGUGGGAGCAUAUCUUAACAGCUCAGCCUAGGAUAGGAUCAGCACAAGGCUUUCUAUCCCAGAGCAUGCCAUGGGGUGGAUCAGAGAAGCAUCAGUCUGCUUACAAGAGAGGGCAGGCGAGCAAGGGACACAGUCGGCUCUAUGCUCCGAGGCUGCAGAGCUCCAUCCAUUCCCUACUGAACACAUCUCUGACCUGUACACCAGGCGAUCUCUGCCCCACCGCAGAUUAUGGUGCCGUGGAACUGAUUUUAGACUGGGCUCAUCCCCUGGAGAUGCUCAGUUUUGGUCAAGGGGACCUUAUUGUCACUUUUCAUCAUUGGUGGAGGAAUCAAAUCCAGAUCUGCAGACAAUUACCAGGAAGAAUAUUACAAUAUGGGAAUGUUUGUUUGCAAGAAACAUUGAAGACUUCAGAGGAACAUGAUGGUAAAUGGAGCAGAACAUUAAAGACGUCUGCACCGCUCACUACUAGACUCCCUGGAAACGGUACUGAAGUCUGCAACUCCACACUGAAUAAUAGGAAAGAAUCCUCUGACAAAAAGAAGAGCAACAAAAAAGGAAGUUACUACAGGCCCUCGCCGUUCAUGGGAAGAGGAUCCCACUCUGUGACAACCCCGCCCUGGAGCUGUAAGGUAACACACUGGACUCUUGCAGUAUCAUUGCUGCUUCUGUCAACGAUGAUAACCACCGGGUCUCCGACUCCAGUUAUGGAGGAGCAGUCCAACACAGAAAAGGAGCCUAACAGUUUUGGUACCGUUGACCCCAAAAGCAUGGACUUCUUUGAGGAAGAGAACAUAGAACAACACGUAAAAUCACCAGGAGGUCUAAUAUAUGAGAACACAACCUCCAGAGGCCAAAGCGAUGACGAAUUGCCUGACAACGUCCUAUUUCGUGCUGAACGUUCUCCUACAGGUAAAAAGAAGUCUAAGAAGAAUGGAAAAGGUGAGAAUAAGAACGGAGACUGCAGCAGACAUAGUAUGAAGGUGAAGGUGCGGGACCUUGGGCUGGGAUAUGACUCUGACGAAUUGAUCACAUUUUAUUACUGUGUUGGGUCCUGCCAAAAAUCCAAUAAUUACGACCUGACAUUAACUACUCUGCUGAAGAACAAGCGCAUUACCCACAGCUCGCAUAGACGGGUCAGCAGUCAGCCCUGCUGCAGACCCACCAGUUAUCUAUCUGUAUCAUUUCUGGAUAUUAAGAAUGAAUGGCAAAUAGUAGAUAAGUUGUCAGCGGCUAACUGCAGCUGUGGGAGCUGAUGAAAGACAAACGUGCAGGGGGAAUGAUGUACAGCUCCUGGUAACAAGCCAAGAAGCAUAAAGGCAGAAGAGGUCGAGAAGUCUGCGGGGAGGAGCCACAAGUGGUACAAGACAUUCCUAACAAAGUGGAAAUAUGCCAACAAUGUCAUCGGUCCUACAAGUUUCACCUCGGUUGUCUAAAUGUAUAAGCUUGGUUGACAAUCAGCUCCGGCGUAAUUAGGUCUUCACUACUAAAACCUCUGGCAGAGGUGAAAGAUUUCUUUGUAGCUUUAUUGACACUGAUAACAGUGAAAGAUUUCACAGAUCAUAGCACAAAGCUGUCAGAACAUGGAACCUCCAAUGCAGGAUGAAGUCUAUGACUCGUGAAGGGAUAUUAUGUAAGAGACCAAGGAAGCUCCCAGUAAUCCUCACCAUAUGUCAACCUACUAUAUGAUAUAUUGAGACACUAGUCUAUAAAACUGUCACAAGGUUGCUGGAAUUGACAGGCACAAUGUUCACAAACUGGACUAUGUAACAGCUACAGAUAAUCAGGACAGGUCUGUAUUUACCAUGGCCUGUGCCUAGGGCGGCAGUGUAGAGGGGGGCAACAUUACAGGGAAUACAAAGAAAAGAUCAAUUCUUUAGAUGCAGCUGCUACUGCCAUAAUGUGGCCGGGAGAAAAUAUAUAAAAGUUUUCCCCUUUGGGUGAAUCCACUUGUGUCAGAUCUGCUACCAAUUUUUCCUGCAGAUUUGGAGCUUCGUUUGCUCAUUAUGUUGUGGAUUUGUGAUUCAUUUCACCGCUUUCUGUGUAUAGGGGCAAUAUUCACAGUGAAUCUGCAACAAAAUCUCUAUGUAAUGCUGCAGAUUUGUGACAGAUCUACAUGAAAAAAUUCUGAUGCUUGUGGAAUUACCCUAUGGGUGCGUUCACACACUAUUUGUU